CUUAGUCAAAGUGAUUAUACGUGCAUGGUGAGGAUUUAGACCGAGAGACAUGUGUCCGAUAAGUCGUAGAAAAAACGAACGGCAGACGACUAAACUCUGACACCGAAAAACCCGCUUACGAAUUACGAGAACAUGACCCCAAGCUUAGCUUGUCCCGGACCUCAUCAUCAAUGGUUCAAUGUCUAGUUAAAUGUCGUGCUCGUACACAACCUGCUCGAAAAAAAGCGAGAGAGAAAAAGGAAAGGAGACCCUCAAAUGGGUAUAAAAACGAGCCUGACCCACAAAACCACAGCCCGUACCAACUGAAUCUGAUCUGAUUGAUAUAGGUACUGCUACUAUUACUUACCCAUCUCUUCCUACUGUUUUCAUACUACUCUCUUGCGCAGAAGAUCUACGAGAGUAGAGUUUUAUUCACAUAUACACAGCUCAUUUUCACGGUCAGGUGGUAGUUGAGGUUUUUGUUUUUGAACUGUGAUGACAUGAAGUUUCAUAAGCUGGGAUUUCUGUAAUUGGAAAAGGUUUCAUGAAUGGUUUGCCCUCAGAUCUCUGAUUCAACUUUUGUCCCUUCAAUGGGGUCUUGAUUACUUUCCUAUUCAUGAUAAAAAGCUUCCCGUAUAUAAAGAUUUGUACUUCCCACCCCACCCCACCCCACCACCCCCUGGUUUCUGAGAAAAUCCUGGCAAUAGGGUUUGCUUUAGCUUGUGGGUUUAAUCGAGUAUGAUUUGGGGAACUGUUUAGAGUUGAAAUUUUUGUUCUCUGCUUGUUGAAUUGGUUUUCUAGGGAAGUUCCAAGAAAACUUGGAGAUCGAGGCUUGUAGGGUGAAUGUGUAAUUUAGUUUGAUGAAACGUUACUUGUGGAGAGUUCAGAAGCUGCUUGUUUCUGGAGAGAAUCUUUAUCGAAGUAUAAAAAAAGGACAUUUUGGUCAGGUGUGAAGAAAAAGAAGCGAUCAGCAGCUGUAUAUGGCUAAUAGGUGGUGGACUGGAAAUGUGGUGGGGAUGAAUGAGAUGAGGGGGUCAGGUGGAGGAGAUCCAGAAUUGCAUCUGAUGAGAAACAGUGGUGAGGAGGAAGAAGAAGAAGAGAAGAGAAGGGAGCAGGAUUUCAUGGCUGAUACCAGCAGUGAUGGGAAUGAAGGGCAGAUGAUGAACCCGACUGAUCCUGGGGCCCUUGUGAUUUCUGAACCCAGCAGCUCCGGUCGCCGCCCAAGGGGGCGGCCUCCUGGGUCAAAGAACAAACCCAAACCCCCAAUUGUGAUCACCAAGGAAAGCCCUAAUUCCCUUCAUAGCCAUGUCUUGGAGAUUAGCAGCGGAAAUGAUAUAGUUGACUGCAUCUCGGGCUUCGCCCAACGCUGCCACCGCGGCGUGUCGGUCCUGAGCGGCACCGGCGUGGUGGCUGACGUCACUCUCCGGCAACCAACCUCUCCUGACGGAGCGGUCACCCUACGUGGGAGGUUUGAUAUUCUGUCCUUGUCGGGGGCUUUUUUGCCAUCCCCGUCGCCCCUAAGGACGACCGGACUUACGGUUUACCUGGCGGGCGGGCAGGGGCAAGUUUUGGGUGGGAACGUGAUCGGUGCACUGGUGGCCUCUGGGCCGGUGGUGGUGAUUGCCGCCACCUACAUGAACGCCGCCUACCAAAGGCUUCCUUUGGAGGAUGAAGAGCUGCGGCAGGCGGUGGAUGAAGGUGGCGUGCCAUUAGGAGUAGUUGAGACGGUGUCGUCAUCAUCAGCGCCACAUUCUCACGGGUUGGUUGAUUCUUUAUACAACUUGCCACCCAACUUGUUGCACAUCCCCCAUGAAGCCCAUUGGCCACCUCCUCCCCGCCCUCCUCCGCCCUCUUACUAAUCAAUCAAUAGGACUGGGAGAGAGAUCGGCCGCUAACCUCGCCCCUCCGAUCAGUCAGUCAGUCAGUCCUGCAUCUUGCUCAAAAUGUAAGCAGGGAUUGAUGAAGCUCAACAACGUACAUUUUCUUGUUGUCAUUCCCCUGUAAACUUUUGUGAAUCCCCCUCUUUAUUAUAUUUCUUUUCUGAGGUUUAGUCUUUUUUGGUUCUUCAUUUGUAAAAUGUUACUCCUUUUGUCCGAUUGUUAUUAUGGAGUUGUGUUUUUAUUUUUCUCUUCUUCUUUUGCCUUUGAUGCAACAUCCUAUAUGCAGAUGGAUUAAUUGAUGGAUUAGAACUUAUAAUUAAG